UCUUCCUCGUUCACUCGCACUGCCUCCAGCCGCCAACCCUCCUGUCUCUCUCUCUCUCUCCCUCGCUCCUCUCUUUUUGAGUCGCUGUAAUCCGAUCUAAUGGCACCGAAGAAGGAUAAGGCACCGCCGCCGUCUUCGAAGCCGGCGAAGUCAGGAGGAGGCAAGCAGAAGAAGAAGAAGUGGAGCAAAGGAAAGCAAAAGGAGAAGGUCAACAACAUGGUGCUCUUCGACCAGGGCACGUACGACAAGCUCAUCGCUGAGGCCCCCAAGUAUAAGCUCAUCACACCCUCCAUUCUCUCCGACCGUCUCAGGAUCAAUGGAUCGCUGGCGAGGAAGGCCAUAAGGGACUUGAUGGCCAGAGGGGCGAUUAGGAUGGUUUCUGCUCAUGCCAGCCAGCAGAUUUACACCAGGGCCACCAACACUUAGGUCUUCUUGUUUUCUGUGUUUAAAUGUCGUUUUGAUGGUUAUUAUGUCGUUUUAGACUAUUUAGCAUCCUCUUUUGGAUUUACAAUGCUACGGAAACCUAGAGAUUUUCUCGGCUUUGUUUUUAUGCGAUGAAAUUACUUUCUGCUUAGAUAUGUGCAUCAAUCAUUGCUUGGUUCUUA